UAACAGGACAAUGUUGUUCGUAGGUCUUAUAGCAGUUGUUCUUAUGAGCCAAGUUUCAGCUACUACCAAUUGUGAAACAUUGUGCAAACAUCUGAGUUCUAAUCCUCUCAGAUACGAGAACUGUCUUUGGGAUUGUGAAGUUUUGGAUGACUGCAAGAAAUGUGAAGCGCCAAGAUGUGCAGACAAACCAGAUGCCUGCAAUUCAGAAACUGAAAAUUGUAAAGAUACUGAUGAUGGCAGAGUUUGUGUCUGUAAAGAUGGUUUCGAGAAAAAAGACGGCCAAUGCAAAGAUAUCGACGAGUGUGCCACACAUACUGCUAAUUGUAAGCUGAAUCAAAUAUGUGAGAACCUACCAGGAUCAUAUCAAUGCAAAGAUUGUCCAACAGGACAAAUCCCUGUGAACAACGAGUGUAUAGUGAAAACAUGUAACCAUGUCAAAUGUGGCGAACAUCAAGAGUGCAAGGAAUCAGAAAAUGGACCAAAAUGUGUAUGUGUGAAGGGACACUUUUAUACUGUAAAUGGAUGUAAAGUGAAAACAUGCGCUCAUCAUACGUGUGAAUACAACCAGGUUUGUAUAGAUACAGCUUAUGGACCCAAAUGUAAAUGUAAAAAGGGGUACUACUACCAUGAAGAUAAAUGUAAAGUGGCAACAUGUGCAACUUACAAGUGUGAAUACAACGAAGUUUGUAAAAAUACAGAGCAUGGACCCAAAUGUGAAUGUCAGCAGGGGUACUAUUACCAUGAAAACGCAUGUAAAGCUGCUGUGAAAUGUCCUCAUGUGAAGUGUAGUUAUAAUGAAUACUGUUACACUAAAACUGGAAAGUGCUAUCCAUGUAAAGUUAUCUGCAAGCAAUAUACAGAGGGAACUUAUAUGUACAAAUCAUGUUAUUCCUAUUACUGCAAUGGUGACUAUGGUAGAUAGACGGCUUUGUCAUGUUAACAUAUAUAUAUUCUGUACUUUUUUCCGACUAUUUAAUUCGAUAUUUCAAAUUAUUCUCAUUCUACAACUUUUGAUUGUUCUGUUUUGUUUUACCUUGUUUUACGAUAAAAAUAUUUAAAGAAUUACAGAGAAAUUUUCAGAUCAGGAGGAACUUUUAGGCCAGAGAUGAAGAAACACAAAUUCUUCUAUUGAAAUAAAAUUUUAGUUAAAAUAGA